AUGGUGACCGGGGGUUUCAAAGUGGACCCGAAGCCCGGGGGCAAGGAUACAGGCAGUGUCAUGGGAGAGUCGAUGAUGUCGUUGAUCUCGUUGGUGAUGGUCUCGGCCCAUUCGUUGCGUUGUAUGAUAUCACUCACCAACUGCAGGGUACCAAUCACCAGUGCUCCUGCUCUUGCUGAGCAGCAAAUGCAACAACAAUGCAUCAGCGCCAUCUUGCCUAUCACAGCAAUGUCCAACCAUCAGGAGCACAUGAGCUCAGGUGAGCACAGGAGCAGGAGAGCACUGGAGCAAGACCAUGCAGGAGCACAAGGGGAAGGGGGAUUUGGAGAUAACAAGGAGCAGGAGAGCACAAUGGAGCAGAUGUACAGCACAAAUAAGCAGAUUUGCAGCAGUCAGGAUUAUACUGCAUUAGGAUCCACAUCAUCAGGAGCAUGUAUCUCUUGCAACAACAACAACAACAAAAAGAUGACGCUAUUAUUCGGGGAUAUGAAAUGUAAUGAUCAGCUCAUCGGCGCCGGAGCCCAGCCAGAGGAUUUUCAACAGAACCAGUUUUGCUAUGCUAAUGCUAAUUUUGAAAUAGUUUCCAGGAUGAAAUGCAAUAAUACGACAACCGUGAAAUUACAAAGAGCGCCAAGACUUAUUCAUGAAGCAAAAUUGAUAAAAAGAAAAGCGGAAACAAUCAACCCAACUUUGUCGCAGCCCCUUUUCGUCCGAAAACAAGGAAGAACUCUCUCUACCAACAAGCCAACGAUGAUGAGUGAAGGAAAAAUCACUCGCAACGUAACACAGUAG